AUGGCUUCCCAACCCCAAGUAGGCGACUUCUGCCUCGAGUGUCGCUGGGAGGAUUUACAUAUCGACACUAAGGCCGCAGAGGAGCCCUCAGUCCCCCACUGCGAGACCCAGUGGAACUGCACGGACGCUGAUCAUCAUACAUCGCUGGCUCAAUGCGAUGUCAACGAGGCUUGCUGUGAUGAAGAUGCCUGUGUCGAUGAAUGUGUCGAUGACUGUGGAUCAAUAUGUGACGGCUUCGUAGACUGCGACGCCUCGACUGUGUGCUCGGUUGCGAACUGCGACGAGGACCAUUGCGAAAGCACCGACCCCGUCUGCUUCGACAAUCACUGUUGUGACAGUACGACCGACCAAGAUUGCACGUUUGACUCUAUUUUCGGACUUACAACGCCGCUGUCGUUGGACAUUUCCAAUACUUUGUCGUCGGCAGCGAUGGGCCAUCCUCCUGUCGCCGAAGCCGGGAAAACGGCAGACCACACCUUGCCGGGCAUGAUUGAUCCAUGCUAUCAAUACGACUUCCUAUCUUCCUACCAGACUCACGCAACAAAUUGUGACCAAAAUGUCCCCAACCAUCUCGGAUGUCAGGACUUCCGAAAGGAUUGGGAGGACAUGUUUACACACCAACACCAACCUAUACCUCAACAACCAGAUGUGAACCCUGCAGAUGUCUUCCACAUGCUUGGAAUGUGCUCUGACUUUUCUGUGUGCCACGACCAACAACUCACUACCCACCAUCACCACCAACAACCCGAUUCAAACACCCUCGAGAAGCCGCAGGAUGACACUCUAAACUGUUUUCACCCAGAGCACCAUCAUGUUCAUGGCCAAUUCAAGAACCCUAAUGACCUAAAUAUUCAUGUCCACGGCCCUCAUCGCAACCACCACCGCUGCCGAGCUCACCACCACCACUCUCAUCCCUAUUCCCCUUAUUCGCGUCAGUCCAGAUCCAGCGUGAGCUCGCACUUCAUGUCUAGCCCGAGGGAGACGCCUCCUCCUCUUGAAAGAGAUAUUUCGUCAGUCUUGACGACGCCAGAAUUCUCCGCAUCAGAUACCGAGUUGCACAUCUGCAAGUGGGUGACAUCUAUUCAUGGUAUUCAAGCUCCUUGCGGUGCUACCUUCGCCGAUUCUGGCGCUCUCCAAGACCAUCUUGUGUCUGCGCACAUGAACACUGUCGACGGUGCAAAGGGCAAUGGAUACUAUUGCUGCUGGCAAGGAUGUCACCGUCCUGAUGAGCCGUUCUCACAAAAGUCGAAGCUCCAAGGCCAUUUCCUGACACAUAAUAAAAAUUUCAACUGCUCCGUCUGUGGAAAGAAUUUUGCCAGGCAAGCAACCUUGGACCGCCAUGAGCGUAGUCAUCGAGGAGACAAGCCAUUCAAGUGCAAAGACUGUGGAAAGACAUUUACCGAUAGUAGCGAACUGAAAACGCAUUCGCGGACUCAUACCGGUGAAAAGCCAUUCAAAUGCACUUAUCCAGGAUGUAAAUUCGAGACCGGCGAUGUGAGUGUUUUCACGAUAUACUUUUUAAUCAUUCUGAUCGCUGACAGUUGGCAGUCAUCAAAUAUGUCAAGUCACAGAUUGACUCACGGCGAACGAAAACAUAAAUGUCCUUUCCCCGGCUGUCCGAAGAGCUUUACUAGGCCCGACCAAUUGAAACGCCACCAACGAACAAAACACAAACAAGACAUAUCUUCGACACUCCCAUCCCCUAACCCUGACCACUUCAGUCUAUCUUCUUUUGCCGUCUUAUAA